AUGGCAGAACCGAUAAGUUUUGCGUUCGGAGCUGUUGGCUUCCUUGUGACAAUCCGCAAUGCCAUAGAGAAGAUCCUGCUAGAUGUCGACGACUGGAACAGAUACUGCCAGAAAUUAAUUCCGCUGUGCAUUGAGGUCGAAGAACUUAUCGACGAGUUGUAUGAAUGGCAAAGGUUCUGGUACAUUGACAAGCCAGGACCCUGGACGGAUUCUCUGCUAGAGGCAUAUUGGGGGCAAAAUGGAAAGCAGAAGAUCAUCGAUCUGCUAUCUAACGUUCGCCGCGAUGCUAAAGAAAUCAAAGAGGAAUUCAGGUAUUUAUACGGGUUCACCUACGUCAAGGUGCGAAACAAAUGGAGAGCACAUACCAGGCGCGGAUCGGGACCUCUUAUAACUGCAGCACAAAAAUUGCAAGUCAAUCUGCAAGAUUUCAAGGAGAGUUAUAAGCGGGUGCAAGCUGUGCUGUACCGAAAUCAGAUCUUCGACAAGCAUCUGCACUCAAUAUGGAAGGAUGUCCGCAGUCUUCAAGUCCUCGCUCAAAGAGAAUUUGUCACCCAUCAUCGUAGAGGCGAUAAUUCCCAAAUCAAGGCAAAGGUCACGGAGUUCGCUGCGGGAAUAUUGCUGCCCAAGGUCAGCUCGCAGUUUGUAGCGCAAGGUGAAGCAUUGCGGAAGGCCAUGAUCAACCUCGGAAGAGAACAGAAGGUGGCUUUCGACAUACACCUCGAUCAUGGCGUGACGCCGGAAGAUCGGUCACAGAUGCUGGUUGAAAGCUGCCUUGAAGACACCAUUCGAACGCAAGUCCAUGCUCGCUCCCAGUCGAAGACUCUGGGCUACCGAAAUUGUUUUACAGUCCAUUUGAGCAAGGGACCUCGAGUUGGGGCGACUGCAGUAUCAGAUGGUGAUCCGGCGUACUUUGUGGCGCUUGAAAAAGCCGAAUGUCGCGCGCGAGAGGAUGUUUGCGGAUGCUCCGUACACCGAUUCGAGGAAUUGCCAGCCCGGAAGGGUCCAAGAGGCCGGUCGUGGUGUAGUACAGCGACAAGCCAUCCUGACGUACCUACAUGGCGGCUUGGACUGUUUCUGCUUGAAUUGGCACUGGAUCGGGCCGUAGAAAGAGUAGGACGUGAAGAUGAGGGGAACAAACGGGCCGGUUUGUUCAGAUUCAACGGACGCGAGUCAUCGUUCACUAUCGAUGAGGACGGGCUGCUUGACGACGAAAUGCAGGUAGAACUGCAAGACAUCAGCGAGGACCUGGCCCAGACAAUCAACAUCUGUCUGACAUUUCACUUCAAUGACUGGGAGGAUGACGCAACUGCCUUCGAGUAUUUCUACGAGAAUGCGGUCUUUCCGCUGUGGAGGCAUUAUGAGACUGCCGUAGUCAAGCCAGCAAAAGAAAGGAAGUUCAGGCUGGCUCAAAAACAAGAGGAGGAGGGAAAGGGCAAGGCCCCAGCGAGGUGA